UAAGACGUCGCGCGCGCGUCGGCAGUCGGUUCGCGGUUGUCCGUCAGUUCGCGUUGUCGUCGGUCCUCAGUUUUAUCGCCGUCCCGUCCUCGUAACUUUAUUACUCAUAAAUGUUAUAUUUUUACUCUUUUCGAUUUUCUCCUCGUUGCCAAUACAAUAUCUCGGUUUCGUUUCGUUUCAUAGCUUCAAUAGACCCUCUAUACUUAUCGGAGAAACGACGGUAAUAAUAAUAAUAAUAAUACCGUCUUUGCCAGGAACGUGCGUGCGCGCGUCGCUAACCACUCGAUCGCCGAGCCCCACGCCGUGAGCGGCGCAGAAACUAGCGCGGACGAGAGAGAGAAGAGAGUGCGAAGCGUUACAACUUGGGUAAUCCGCGCUAUCGCGCCGGAAGCUGCGCUGUAGUUGCGCGUCCCGUGUUGCUAACGACGGCCGAGCGAAGGACGACGCACGACGAUUGAUCGCCUCAUACGCCGGCAAUAAUAUUAUGUACUAAAAUAUAAAAUUGAGUGUUGAAGAUGGUUACUGUACGGGCACCGUCUUUUAUGGUUCGGCGUAUAUGCGCCUUCAUAUUUUUAGGAAUCAUGGGUUAUUCGAUUUUUCAAAUGACCCGUAGUAAUUCUUAUUACGAUAUGUCAGAUCGAAAUAUUAUGCGAAAACAAAUCGAACUUGAUAUAAUUAAAUCAUCAAAUAAUGAAGUUCCUGAUAAAAAUUUGAUAACCGAAAAUAAUAUAGCAUGUCCACAUCCUAUUUUGGAUCCAUUCAACCCAGUCAUGAUGAGUUUCUUAACGAAAGAAGAGCCUUUGGCUUGCGACAAAGAAGAGGAUUGGGUUACAGUCAAGGGGAACAUCGCACGUAUCACUGAUAAGGCACUCAAGAAGUACGGUGAUAUCCAGUGCAAAUUUACGGACGUUUUGAGAGCCAAUGAUUUCUCUUCGUCACUGGGUGUCGUGACCACAACUCACACAGAAUACAAUUUGGAGACAUCAGAUUUUUUCAGAGUUUACUGUGAGUCGGAAAACAGCAAAUUUAGUUGGGAGAGCCGGAUGGCCGGUAUACGAUUUGACGAGGAUGUGAUAAAUAGAGCUGGAUGGGAUCAAGUACCCAAAAACGGGUUAGGUCUUAACGUUUUAAUACUUGGAUUAGACUCUGUGUCACACAUGCUGAUGCAGAGAAUACUGCCCAAGGUGUAUUCUAAACUCAAGUCUAUGAAUGCACGUGUGUUAAAAGGCUAUAAUAUUGUCGGCGACGGGACUCCGCAAGCAUUGAUACCAAUUUUGACAGGUCGUACUGAACUGGAACUUCCGGACACUAGGAAACGCAUGGGAAGUAAAGCGUCAUACGUGGACGUUUACCCGUUCAUAUGGAAUGAAUUUAAGAAAUACGGUUACGUCACUGGUUUUGCUGAAGAUACUCCACACCUUGGUAUUUUUACGUACAGGCUAAAAGGGUUCGAUCAACAACCCACCGAUCAUUAUAUGCGAACAUAUUACAUAGACUCGUCCUCUAUGUUUAAAUAUCAAAAACCUUUUUGUUAUGGUUCUCUACCUAGGCACAAGAUAAUGCUUAACUAUGUCAAAGACAUGUUUCGGGUGUAUGAAGAUAAGCCAAAGUUUAUGUUUGCAUUUCAAGGCGAAUUGUCCCAUGAUUUUUCGAACAAGAUAGCACUCGCAGAAAAUGACCUGGUUGAGUGGUUUGAUUGGUUUGAGAAGUCUGGUUACCUAAACAACACUAUGCUGGUGUUUAUGAGUGAUCAUGGUCAAAGGUUCACGUCCGUACGAGACACGCAACAGGGAAAACUCGAAGAGCGGAUGCCGAUUUUCUCGUUCAUACUACCGAAAUGGUUUGACCGGAAGUAUCCAAAAUUGGCGUCUAAUUUAGAUAACAACAUUAACCGUCUGACAACCCCAUUCGAUAUAUACUCAACACUGAUGAGUGUCCUGCAUGGGGAAAAUUUUAAAACUGACGAUAUGAACAAGCGUUCUAUAUCGCUAUUCAACGAGAUACCGUUGGAGAGAACGUGCAAAGACGCUUAUAUUGAACCUCACUGGUGUGCUUGUCUAAAAUGGCAGCCGAUAAGCGUGGAUAGUUCAUUGGCUAUCAACGCGGCCAUAAACUUUAUACAGUUUCUUAAUAGGUAUAACGCCGAGUACACUGACCAGUGUGCGCCGGUAGAGAUAAAUCGGAUCGAAUGGGCCAACAGGAUGGCGCCCAACGAAGGGCUAAUGAAAUUCCACCAUGCCGCCGAUCCCGACGGGUUCGUGCCCGACAUGUCGGCCAACACGAAAAUCACCGAUAUCUAUCUGCAGAUUAAAGUGAUCACGCAAAAGCCUGCCAACGCUGUGUUCGAAUUUACGUGUCAGUAUAACAGCAACACCAGCCAGUACACGAUUUACGAAAAAGAAAUCAGCAGAGUUAACUCGUACGGAAAUCAAAGUUGGUGUGUCGCUAAAACUCAACCACAACUCAACAAGUACUGUUAUUGCAAAUUAUAAAAUUGAGAAAGUUUUAUGAUGUCUGUGCAGAAAUGUGAUUUGGUUAUUCAUGUUUUCCAAGUCAACCGUUCAAAUUCAGCUUCAGCUUCAUGCCAUUCGGAAUUUUCGUUGAUUGUUUUAAUUUGAUAACGUUUUGUAUCAUAAAAUUCUCAAUCGAUAUAUUUUACUGUCAUUAGCUAUAGCUAUAUUACUUGUUUAAUAACGACAUACAUUAAACGUAAACUUAAGUUAUUUAAAAUCCUCAAUACUGUAUGAUUUUUAUCUAAGUAUUAUUAUACGAGUAUAAGUCCAUGAUAUUGUUCAAAAACACUUUUUUUUCGUUUUGAAUUUAACUUUACGGUUUAAUUUUUAAAAAACAUUCAUUCAUUGCAAAAUAUUUUGUGGUGAAUGAAAUUCUAGCGUUACUGAUUCGGUGAUAGAAUUAGACAUAUUGUAUCUUCACAUAACUCUCAUAGGGAGAUGAUUGAUAGUAUAAUACUUCUUUUUAUUCAAAGUUAUUUAACUUAAUUAUCUAAAAACCAUAAUUUAAUAUACAAUAUUAACUGCCUUAAUCAAUUAUUGGCAAUUUUUUGGUUAGCGUUUGAGAACCAACUCUUGACUGAAAAUAAAUUGCUCGUAUUGAUAUCUUUCUUUUUUUAUUAGGAUUUUUCUUUUAACCUAGCGUUCGGGUUAUAUAUAAUAACAAAUUAAUAUUUUUAAAAUUUUAUUUUAUCGCUAAAAUUAAUUAAUUUAAAAAGACUGUCACCCCAAAGGCGUCGCUGAUUUGGCAUCGCCGUUAUACUCGUUCUUAAUAUUUAGUAAUUGUUUUAGUUUAAUUUUAAAAUAAAACGAUUAUAUAUUAUUUAUCCUAAAUAUUGCGAAGUAAAUCUACAUAAUCUAGUCAGAUUAAUUUAAUGUGUUUUAAGCUACUUAUAGACUUAUAUUUUUCUGAUCAAUUUUAAGA